GGCUUAGAGCUUAUUCCACUCUCUCCGUGUACAGUUUCUAAUUUCUUUUGUAUAUUGUGCUACUUGUUUUAUGUUGUUUUUAUUUGCCUUCAUUGAUAAAAAAACUCUUCUUUUUUGUGAUGUCUUCAUGAGCCUCUUUUGGGGUUCUCAACAUCAGAACCCGUUUUACAGCUUUACUGCGUUAUAGUAUUUCUGUCUUGUCAUUUGUGCAAAUAAAUAAACUAAAGCUCUAAUUGUUUUUUAGAUAGAUAUCUUAUUUUCUGUUCGGAAGGUUAUUGAAGUCAUACCGCUACCUACAGGUGUGCCUGUGGGUGACACCUGGCUGACGCUGUGCGGAGAUGGAGAAACACUCUCGGGCUGACUGACGCGCAUGUAUCGGCGUCACCGGCGCCUCUGACGGUGGGAGGAGAAGCUCACCGGAGCGCAGCGGCGCAGACAGACAGAUGGUUAGUGAGUGUCGGUCACCAUGAGCCACCGGCACCGCGCGCUCAGCUGCCUCUCCGUCGCGCUCGUCCUGCUGCUGCCUCCGGGUCCGGGACGCGUCGCGGAGCCCGCGGUGGCGGCGGAGUACUCCUCCAAAAGCGACUUGGACUACGAGUUCGGGGACUACCGGGGGAAGUGGUGCAUCGACGACCACGGUUUUGUUUACGGCAUCGGAGAGGUUUAUUACCCGAGCUCCACGGCGUGUCCUUGCACGUGCACCGUGGACGGUCCCGUGUGCGUCCGACCCAAGUGUCCCCGCAUCCACCCCCGGUGCACGCGGAUCAGAUAUAAGGCAUGCUGUCCGGUGUGCGAGGCUAUGGCCAGGGUCUGUGUCUACGGGGGAAAAGCGUACCGGCUCCUUGAGGAGUUUAGGUUGUCAAGGUGCGAGCGAUGUCGCUGCGAGGCCAACAGAGAGGUGUACUGCAGCAUUUCCGACUGCCCCGCCCCUCACUGCGUCAACCCCACCUACGAACCCAACCACUGCUGCCCCAUCUGUAAGACCGGUCCCAACUGCUUUGCUGGGAACAGGGUGAUCCCGGCCGGGGAGCGUGUGAACACCGAUGAGCAGACAGUAUGCUACUGCACCUACCGGGACGGGACGUGGCACACCCAUCCCCAGGCCACCUGCGAGCAGCGCCCCCAGCCCAGCCUGACACCCAGCACCGAGCCCCCCAGGGACGAGGAGACCAGGGCGAGAGGGGGAAGGCCGUUCAUUCCCAGACUGGAUGUGAUACCGUGAAGUUAAAUAAAUGUCUCAUAGAGGCAGAGCCACUCUGCAGGCACAAUAUAAACUCUAACUUUCUCUAUUAGUAGUAAACUGGGCUUCAAUAUGGCAUUACUCAAAUGCACAUUUAUAUUUAACACAACCAGGAAGAUUAUUUCAGAACAGCUCUGCCUCGAAUAAACGUAGGGUAAUCUGCAGGGAGGUUGGUGUUGAGGGUAAAUAAGGAACUGUAGGGUGAAACUGCCACCACAAAUGAUUUGCAAACAUGACCUCUGGACACCUGGUAGUUUUUUUUUACAUUGUAAUAUUUUCCAUUUUAUCACAUUUAGUUUUAGUUUCAAGUUUUAAUACUCAUUUUUGAUUUCUGUCAAAAGGCCUAGGGGAGAGCGGGGUGAUCUGAGCCUGUGGGGAAGUUGAGACACCCCUUGUUUCUCGGCAACUAUAGACAAAAAUAAUAGACAAUAUUUGAUAAACACAUUUAAAAUAUAUAAAAUAUAUGUUAAUAUUUUAGUUGGAGACCUUACUGUCAUGUCCUCACUUUAAAGUCACAUCAAGUAAAAAGUGGCUCAACUCACCCCGCUCUCCCCUACACACAGUAUUUGUUUCAGUAUAUCCAGCCCAAAUUAAAUGAAUAAGAUGAACUAGUGUUGAAAUAAAUCGUCCGUUGUUCACUAA